AUGCGAGUGCUAAAGAAUUCCGGUGCGUUUCGUUUUGAUCCAGGACGUGCAGUGCGCAACGCGCUGCGAAUCUUUUUGGAUUCGAAAGAGCUUGGCAUGGUUGUGGAUGCGCUAGAUCAUCUUGAGUCGAAUGAAAUACCGAUUCGAUCAAGCGAAUACGAAAAUAUGUUUAGCACCAUGACCAAGACCACUGGUAAUGAUGGCAAGCUGUACACAGCCGAUGACUUUAUGCUGGUGUGGAACGACAUGAUUAGGCGUAGUAUAGCACCUAGUAAGGCUAUUCUGCGCUUGGUGAUACCAGUGAUGUGCGGAGGUAUGGGCGUGAGCGUGAACAAUAGCGAUGAUUGGAAAUGCAUGAAGCUCUCUGCGCUUCGGGGUUAUCAUCAGGCUGUAGAAGAUCAUCAUGAUAACUACGUGCUACCAGUCCCGUGCUUUUCGAUGUUGCUGGAAGCUGCUGUUGAACAAGGUAGCAUUGAGGAUGUAAAUGCUGUUUAUGCUGGGGCGGUAAAGACCUUGGGAGCAUUCAUGAACAAGAAGCACUACACUACAGUCCUGCUGAACACAGUAACAUAA